AUGAUGAUGACGUGCCGUCUGCUGUGCGCCCUGUUGUUGCUUGCCCUGUGCUGCUGCCCGUCCGUGUGCGGGGCAGACGCUGAAGCGGUUGUAUCUCCGUCCAUUACGACGACGGCGACUACAAUACACCCAACAGACGCUGAGCCUGGUGGUAAAGUUCAUUUAAGUGGCAGCAGCAGUCCAGCGUCCCUUAAAUCUGAUCCAGCGCUUUCGAGUAGCGGUCCGCCAGGGCCACCAGAGAUGGGGUCCGGUGAGAAACAGAUAAGGGGUGAUGGAGAUGGAAAUACGCCUACAGCUACGGGCCCCAAAUCAAAACAAACGUCCAAUGCUGCACCUGCGGAAGGUAAGAAGAGUAAAACAAGUGGUAUGGAUACACCUGUGGAAAAAGCAGAAAAGAAUGCCGAGGAUUCAUCCACUACGACGACUACAACAAAACCACCAACCACGACGACCACCACUACAACACAGGCACCAAGUACUACGACUACAGAGGCGCCAGCUGUGUCGACCACCCGCGCACCGUCACGUCUUCGCGAAAUCGACGGCAGCCUCAGCGGCUCUGCGUGGGUGUGUGCCCCGCUGGUGCUCGCCGCAUCCGCGCUGGCGUACACCACUGUGGGCUGA